UCUAGGGUUCCUAAGAUCCGUAUUAUUCUAGACGAAAAAUUCUAUAUGGCCCGGCAAGGAUUAUUUUCUGGAAUUUGUACGAAAAGUUUUGUGUGAAUUAGUGAAAUAAAUCAAUUAAGAUUUGCAUAACAACAUUUUUAAAAAAGUAGAAGACAAAAAAUGUACGAUUUGUGUCAUCCAAGUUAUUACAAUAUCAGCAAAUUGGGUUCAACUGAUGGGACUAAAAUCACCAUUGCAUUUUAUGUCUACAUUGAACUUUGCGAAGUAAAGCGUUUAUGGGAUGUGGAAUAUAAAUACAAUAGCGAUCUCGAUAUUAUAUACAUAGAAGGCAAAAAAAGCAAGUCUUCUGUUCCCGAAACAUAUAUACCAUGGCCUGCUCUUUAUAAUAUUUCCCUCGCUCAAAUCGAAAAUAUACAAGAAGCUCUAAAAUUAGAUAGGGUUACUUUUGUGUUUAGAGGAGGGGACAGUACUAGUGUUUAUUAUAGGAUAACAAAAGGUCUUGUAAAACCGAUACAUCCAGACGAGACAAAAAUAAUCAAGCAAAAAGAGGACAAGAAGAAUGAAUUGGAACAAGAAAUCAGAAGAAAUACUUCAAUUCUUCACGAUUUGGCAAAAUCUCUUGCUCAGGGUGACAGCGAAAUUAUUGGUAAUGAAAAAGAAGAGGCUGCAAAUUUGCUUGAUGAAGAAAAAAAAAUAUCCGAUAAAAUGAAAGAUAAAAACGAUCAGGAAGAAAUUAAAAAUGCAGAUCCGAGUAAAAAAGAAACUGCGGAAGAUCAAGCAAAAUUAGAGGAUGAAAAAAAUAAAAAAAGAAUGCAAAAUUCAAAAGCUGAAAAAAAUUCUAGUGAUGUUGGUGAUGUGGAAAUGGUAUCAGAGACUAAAGAUGAUGAAAAAACGACUGAAUUUCAAGAUGUGGAAAUGCUACCGAGUACUUAAUUUUUGUGGGGUGCAUUAUUUUAGGGUGAUGUAAUUUAAUCCAUUUUUAAUAAAAAUAAAAAUAUAAUUAUUUA